AAUAAGAGAUUUACGGGUGAAUCCCAGGUAGAGAUGACCCCACAGAUAUGAAUGCACGGGAUCAUUGGAGCAACCAAAUGCUAAGAGGCUAAGAGCUAUGCUUCCUUGUUCCGGCUUCCAUAAACCUUUCCCUACUUCACAAUUCACAUGGAGUUUCAGUUUCAUCCAAAGCUCCACCUUCUUUUAUGCUUAUUCAUCCUCUUCCUUUCAUUUUUUCAAGCUCAACCUACUAGCUUCAGAUACUGCGAUGAUGUAAACUAUGCUGUGAAGGUGUCUGGAGUUGAAAUAACACCAGACCCUGUUGUGCGUGCAAGGCCAGCUACGUUUAAGAUCUCCUCUGCUACUCGUGAAGCUAUUUCUGGUGGGAAGUGGGUAAUUACGGUUGCAUACAUUGGAGUGGUUGUCCAUAAAGAAACCCAUGAUCUUUGUGAGCAAGUGUCCUGUCCUGUUGCAACUGGCAAUUUUGUGGUUGCUAACACCCAAAAAUUGCCUGCAUUUGCUCCACCGGGCACCUACACUAUGAAGAUGACACUAAAGAAUGAGAACAACGAACCAUUAACUUGCAUCACCUUUAAAUUCAAAAUCGUUUUUGGAUCUUCUGUGUCUGAUAUCUGAAGUAGCCAUCACACUAUCGGUAUAGGUAGGUUGCUACUUUAGCUUUGCAUCGGUGGGAACUAUCUGUCAGUAGAAGCAAACAAGGAAUGCAAGAGUCACGGCCAUUAUUGUCUAAUUUUCUUUUAAAGGAUGAACGGUCAUAUGAAUGUCAACGACAUAAGUUAGAACAACAUAUGAUGUUGUAUAAUUGGCCUAUGACAGCAAAUCUUUGUUUUAUGUAUUUAUUCUAUUAACCUAAUUAUUUCUUUCAGCAAGUCAGGUUUCUCGCGUAUUUCCAUGACCCAGGCAGAAAAAAAGACUCAUACCUGUAUAGGAUUAACUUGAGUGGAGCGGUUUAAUAAUUAUCUAGUUCUGG